AUUUUUGUAAUAUGUCAAUUGUUAUUAAUAUAUUUUUAUGAUAAAUCAAAUAAGAAAAUCUAACAAAAUGUUUUUAACCAUUGGUAUUAUUAGAUCUACCGUGUUUCAUAUUAAAAUAAUCGUUAAAACAAUGACGAGAGAAAAAAUGAGAAAAGUAACGUUUACAAAAUCUAUUCAAGAUUACGAAUUAUUGGAGAAAGAUUAAAAAUAAUAAUAAUAAUAAUGAAAUAAAAAAUAAAAUAAAUAAUAAUCGAGAUAUAGAAUAUAUAGAAUAAGAAUUCCAUAAGAGAGAUUAGAAGAGGAUGAUGAUUAUCGAAAAGAAAUUCCCCUAAUUCGUGGAACUUCGUACGAUAUUAGACAUCGCAUGAUACGAAACGUUAUAAAAAUACAAAAAAAAAAGUAAAGAAGGAAGUUUACUCGUGUACGAACGAAACAUAACUUUUUUUUUUUUCCACUCGGUCAAUAGAAAAUGCGUGUCGAUUGACGAGAGAAAAAAAAAAGAAAAAAAUAAAUAAAGAAAGAAAGAAAGAAAGAAAGAAAGAAAGAAAGAUAGAGAAAAGGUUUUAAUGGUAUCACGCGAAGGCCAUUAAAAAAAAUAAAAAAGAAACGGGGGUGCGACGACGACGACGACGACGACGACGACAACGAAGAAGGACACGAACGUUGAAAAAAAGAUAUUUGUUGGGACAAAACAUUGAACAAAACGGAGUAAACGUAAAAAUAAAAUUAAAAAAGAACAAAAUAAAGCCCGCCUGUAGAAACAAAACAAACAAAAAUAUUAUAGGCGAGGGAAAAACUCGACGGAGGGUAAAAUAAUUUGUCGGGGGGGGGGGGGGAAAAAAAAAAAAAAAAAAGAAGAAGAGAUAAGAUCGUGAUGGAAGAAUUUCCAUCAAACGUUACCGAGUUAUCCGAUAAUUACAAUUACAUUGUCAACAACACCUUUAAUACCAGUUCGAAUACUAAUUACAAUCAACUUAAUUUACCUUACACCGUUUGUGAAAUACUCGUUGCUAUCUGUGCCGUAUUUGGAAAUGGUUUGGUCAUCAUAGUAUUUGGAAAAGAAAAAAAAUUACGAAGACGUACGAAUUAUUAUAUCAUAUCAUUGGCGACAGCUGAUCUUCUAGUUGGUCUAUUCGCCAUACCUUUUGCCAUACUAGCCAGUAUAGGUUUACCAACAAAUUUACACGCAUGUCUCUUCACUGUAUCGGUAUUGGUCGUACUUUGCACUAUCAGCAUCUUUUGCCUUGUGGCAGUAUCCGUAGAUCGUUAUUGGGCUAUUCUUCAUCCCAUGGGAUAUUCUCGUACAGUACGAACGAAAACUGCCAUAGGUAUAAUCUGCGUAUGUUGGAUCACCGGCACGUUGGUAGGAUUUUUACCACUUUUAGGAUGGAAUGCUGGAAAGAAAUCCGACGAGAAGUGUAUUUUCACUCAGGUUAUGGAUUACGAUUAUCUGGUCUUCCUAUAUUUCGCCACCAUCAUAUUUCCAGCUUUAUUAAUCGUCGCAUUUUAUGCCCUUAUAUAUAGGGUAGUAAUAAAACAGGAUAAAAGUCCCUUUUUGGAUUCGGGGGUUAAGAUGCAACGGCGAACUUCGAAAGAUCCAACAAAGUCUCGGUCCCGUUUACUCGUUGGGAAAACACGAUCGACAGGAUGCUUUCAGUUGCAGCAAAUAGUCACGAUGAAUCCAGGACGUCGUACAGGAGGUGGUAGCAUUUCUGGUCUAGCUGGUUGUACUACUUCAUCAGCUAUAGCUGGUACUGGUGGUGGUGCUGGUUCUGGUGCUGGCAGUGGUGGUGGUACUGGAAAUAAUCAUCAUACAACCGGAACGAUGCAACGUUUCAAACGGGAUGUCAAGGCCACCCAAAAUCUAUCCCACAUAGUAAUAUUCUUCAUCAUCUGUUGGUUUCCACUUUACACGAUAAACUGCGUUAUGGCAUUUUGCCCGCAAUGCCAAGUGGACGAGUUCUUCAUGAACCUAUGUAUAAUUUUGUCCCAUUUGAAUUCAGUCGGGAAUCCUCUCCUUUAUGCCUACCAUCUUAAAGAUUUUCGCGAGGCAUUGAAGAAUUAUUGGCGAUUAUUAUUUUCAAAUGGGGAAGUUAAAUCUGGCUUCGUUAACGUUAUACACGAGAGAGGAUCUAUAGCUGGUUCCCAAAGACAAUUUCAAAGACAAUCUUUCGUUGGUACUUUACCAAUUAGGAGACAAACGGCCAGUCUUUUAAGACAGGUUACGGAUUUCCAAGCUAAAGAAAUGUCUUCGUUGAGUCGAGCAUCUUCCAUUCGUGACAAAAACCAACACGACGAGGUACCAUCGAAUUCUUCAUCACCGAAUGAAACAAAACGACGUAGCAUCGGCAUCGAGUAUCCUUUAAACGACGAUAAUCUUUCGUCUGCAAAUGAAAAAAGUUAUUCGGAACAUUCUGAAUCUGGUGGUACUCCGUCAAUCGAUGAUUCCCUACCAAUGGAAUUACAAAUUUAUAAAAAAGAUAUCAUGACCGUUCCAACAUCGUCGGAAGUAGAUUGUUCCGAUCAUUCGACGGAACACCCACCCACCUCGAUUUUCAUAAUAGAAGCUGAUGUUAAUCGAACUGUGUCGAAUCGAAAUAAAUGUGAAGAGGAUUCCUACGAGAGGCAGGACGAGAGAGGAUAAUCCUUAUUCAGAAAAUAAUUUAUGGUUUCAACGAUAUAUGUACGAUAAUGUAUUGCAUGCAUACAUAGGCAAUUCGAAUAUUGACUUCGAUCUGAUUGGACGACGAUUAAUGUCGAGUAGGAAAGCGCGAAAUUUGAAUGUUCGAUGUUGAUACUACUUACGUAUGCCAGAAAAUUGUUCAUCGUGUAUAAUAUUUAUUUAAUACAUAUGUGUAUAUAUAUACACAUCUACUAAAAAUAUAUAUAUAUAUAAUAAUAUAUAAAUAAAUAUUUAUAGUUUCAUGUGGAGGUAUAAUUAAAAAUCGUUAAGACUGUUUGUACAAAGGGAAUAUCGACUGACCAUAUGGAGAUUACGUUUUUUAUUUCUUCUUCUUCUUUCCAAUUUUAGAUUUCACGCGCAACGAAGAUCGAUAUUUACUCAUACCGUUCAUUAAACGAUCUUCAUCUUACGAAGAAAUAUGAGCCACGCGUGUGUAUGUGUGUUUAAGUAGAUAAAAAGCUAUUAUGAAUAUCGAUAAAUUACUUAUGAUAAGUUACUAAAAACAUAUCCAUGACGAAACUGAAGAUCUCAUUGAAAUGUCCCGAAUUAAUAUACCGCAAAGGUGCAUGUAAAAAUGUAAUGAUUCCUAUGUUUUACAAUUUAAAAGGUAUAUAUAGUAAUUGUAUAGAUACUUGAAUAACGUUGUGUUUAAUUAAGAUACAUAAAUGUAUUUUAGCACGUAAAAUAUCGAACUAAAUUUAUAAUA